AUAAAAUAAUAAAAGAGACUAAAAGUCAAAAUGGCUGCCCCAAGGAAGCCCGCACCGCGCAGCUAAGAAGGGUUGGGGAACAAGCUUCUGCGGGAAAGGGGGAGGGGGGCUCUCGGAAGAGCCGUGGCCAGAACCAUAGGCAGGAGUAUUGCUCCCCCACCCCCCAGCGCCGAGCUGCACAGGUUCUAGUUUCAGAUACCCCUUGACAUAACUUUUGAGCUAUCUGGAAAAAUACUGGCCAGGAAAAAUGAUACAAUUUUUCCUCAUGGUGAAUAAACAAGGGCAGACCCGACUUUCUAAAUACUAUGAACAUGUGGAGAUUAAUAAGCGUACACUUCUGGAAACGGAAGUCAUAAGGAGCUGUCUCUCCCGAUCCAAUGAGCAAUGCUCUUUCAUUGAAUUUAAGGAUUUUAAGCUGAUAUAUCGACAGUAUGCAACUCUCUUCAUUGUGGUUGGAGUUAAUGACACUGAGAACGAGAUGACAAUUUAUGAAUUCAUCCAUAACUUUGUGGAAGUUUUAGAUGAGUACUUCAGCCGCGUGAGUGAAUUAGAUAUAAUGUUUAAUUUGGAUAAAGUACACAUUAUUUUGGAUGAGAUGGUGUUGAAUGGCUGCAUUGUGGAAACGAAUAGGGCAAGAGUUCUUGCCCCUCUACUCAUUCUUGAUAAAAUGUCAGAAAGCUGAAUAAUGGAAGUCUCUGCCAGGCAACAUCAACUUGUGGAAGUGAGAAUACCAUGGAAUACCUCUUUACAUCUGUAGCCCAAAAAGUCUGCAAGACUGUACAUUUCAAAUUGGGGUACCCUUCCAAAGACAUUUUAUACAGGUGUUUUCCACAGUUCCUAAGUGGAAAACAAACUGUAUUUUAAAAUAUGGUGU